UCCUCGCCAUGUCUCCCUAGAGGUCUUCCCUCUCUUCCUCCCUCUCUCCUUCUUCCCUCUCCUCCUUCCUCUCUUCCUCCUUGGCUUUCAGGAUGAUCUGCCCUGGGAUGGGAUGCAGGGCUGCCGCCCGGCGCUAAACCUAUAAUCCAGCAUCUGCCUCCUGGCCCCAAAGGUGCAAAGAGAUGACAGGCUGGAGCUGUUCAGUUGAUGGAUGAGAUUCUUUUUCUUUCUUUCUUUCUUUUGAAUUUACUAAACGAGAUCUCACCUAAAGACAAAAUUCCUGCCUUAUCCCCAUCAGGUUUUUACUGGGAAUAUUCAUUUCAACAAUUAUUUUUUAAUUUUUUUAACUAACUACACAGCUCUUUACUUCAAAAGAGAAUACUUAUUUCUGGGAUUCAUUAUACCGAUCUUUAUACUGGAAAGAAAAUACCAAACAGGGACAGCAUCCUCUGGACACCCGUCUGCAGCAGGACUGCGGUGCAGCAAUGAGACUUGGUCCCUGCCUGGCCAUCUGGCACAGCAUGGGGACGCCAGACAUGGGGGUGCUGCCUCUCUCCCUGAUGCCAGCCACGCUCCUCGUCCUCCUUCUCCUUGGCCCCACGGGCACCACCUCCGAGUCCGUGCUGUUGCCAUUCCCAGAGAUACGGCUCGCCAAUGGGCCCAGCCGGUGCCAGGGGCGAGUGGAGAUCCUCUACAACGGCUCCUGGGGGACCGUCUGCGAUGACGACUGGGACAUUGUGGAUGCCAACGUGGUGUGUCGCCAGCUGGGCUGCGGCCAUGCCAUUGCCCUCCCGGCUGCCAUGACCUUUGGCCAAGGGAGCGGACCCAUCUUCUUGGACAACGUGGACUGCAAGGGCUGGGAGGCAGCCUUGAGCGAGUGCUGGAGCCACGGCUGGGGCAUCCACAACUGCUACCACUACGAGGACGUGGCUGUCAUAUGCAACGAGUUCUCGCCCACGCAAGCCAGCGAAGGACCGACAAGCAGGACCCUCACAGCCUCAGUGCAGGACGGGGAAAGUGACGGCAGCAUCCGUCUGGUGAGUGGAACCGACACCUGCCAAGGCCGGGUGGAGAUCUUCUACCGCGGGAACUGGGGCACCGUCUGUGACGACGACUGGGGCAUGAGCGACGCCAGCGUGGUGUGCAAGCAGGUGGGCUGCGGCCAAGCCCUGGAUUACAAGAGCAAUGCCUAUUUCGGCUACGGCACAGGGCGCAUCCUCCUGGACAACGUCAACUGCGAUGGCAGCGAGCCCUUCCUGUCUGCCUGCUACAGCCUCGGCUGGGGCAUCCAUAACUGCGGCCACCACGAGGAUGCUGGGGUCAUCUGUACAGGGCUGGACACGUCCACCAGCACGUCCUUCACCACCUCCGUAGCCUUGGACUAUGAGGAGACUCUCACUGCCACGGCCACAGCAGUGACAGACAGCAGAUACCAGCCCUCCCAGGCCACUGAGGUGGUCACCACCGCUCUCCUUACCAUCGAGCAGGAAAGUGGCGGUGUGCGGCUGGCGAACGGCAACGGGAGCUGCCGCGGGCGGGUGGAGGUGCGGCACCAUGGCACCUGGGGCACCGUCUGCGACGAUGACUGGGACUUCCCCGACGCCCAGGUGGUGUGUCGGCAGCUGGGCUGUGGUGCUGCCCUCGCCGCCACCAUCCUCAGCUCCUUCGGCUACGGCAGUGGGCCCAUCCUGCUGGACAAUGUGGGCUGCGGCGGUGGCGAGGCUCGCCUGGCCGACUGCUUCCACCUGGGCUGGGGGCAGCACAACUGUGGCCACCACGAGGAUGCCGGGGUCAUUUGCCAAGGUGCUGAUGAUGCUGGAAACCAUUUCCAAGAAGUCACUGUCACAACCACCAAGUCGGCCCUGGCUCGUCCCAAGGACGGGUCCCUGCGCCUGGUGAACGGCAGCCACCGGUGCGAGGGGCGCGUGGAAAUGUUCUACCUGUCCCAGUGGGGGACAGUGUGUGACGACGCCUGGGACCUGCGAGAUGCCAAGGUGGUGUGCAGGCAGCUGGGCUGUGGGCACGCUGUGGCGGCCUGGGGGGAGGCACGCUACGGCCAGGGCACCGGCUACAUCUUCCUCGACAACCUCAAGUGCAAGGGCCACGAGCCCUCGCUGCUGCGCUGCUCCCACAUCCGCUGGGAUGUCCACAACUGCGACCACUCCGAGGAUGCCAGUGCUAUCUGCAGCAUCCUAUGACCGCCCACCCCCGGGACCCUCACGCAGCUCAGGUGGAAGGACCCAGCCUUUGUCAUCAACUGUUUCUGAUGUCUACCGGGACACCAGCAAAAUGAUCGUCGUGUUUUCGUGGAUGGGGUGCCAGGGUGGGGAAGGGCUGUGCAGCGGCGCAGAGCAGGUCCCAGCUGCUCCCCCCGCUGCACUCGCUCCUUUGUGCAAUUCUUUUGUUCAUAAGAGAUUGUGCAUAUUCCUGGGUUGUUUGCUGUUUGGGUUUGGGUUUUUUUCCUCAUUUUUUUCUUAUAUCUGUUUGGGUUUGUUUUGUGAAUAAGU